AUGAUAUCACUUCAUUCGUGUUUAUUGGUAAAUAAAGAUUGGAGCGAAAUUGCUGUUGAAAAAUUAUGGAGGGAUAUAUAUAUAAUUCAAGCAAGAGCGAAUGAAAUUUAUGGAAUCGAUCUAGAAGAUGAAUCUGAUCAAAAUAUAUUAUCAACGUUAUAUUCAUGUUUAACAAAAGAAUCUCAAGAACUUUUAAAACGAAAUGAAAUCAUGAUCGAUUCGUCAACGAUCGGAUCACCAAAAUAUAAUUAUCCAAAAUAUUGUAAAUUUCUUGAUACAGGAUAUAUCAAUCAAUUAAUUAUCGUUCAUCUUGGAGAACAAAGUGAAAUUAUGAAACAUUUCCCAUCAAUAUUUUGUGGAAUGGCUCAAUUAUGUAGAAACAUUGACAAACUAUUAAUUAAAUGGGUUAAAGAGGAUAAUGAAGGGUUGACUAAAUUGAUAGAAGUGCAAAAUAAUCUACGACAAGUUGGAUUAGAAUUAAAUUCUUUAUCACAUCUUUAUAUCAAAAAUUCCUUAUUUUGUAUUCCAUUAUUAUCCAUUUCGAAAUUAACGAGAUUAACCUCCUUGGAGUUAAAUUUUGAAGAAAUAUUUCCGAUUGCUCUUUUAGAAUCAUUAUGUUCGAUUCAUUUCCCAAAUCUAACAAAAUUAUUGAUUGGAGAAAAUAUUCCACCUUUAACAUUAUUGACAAAUUUUAUUAAAACAAAUGGGAAGACAUUAAAAGAAUUUUUAUUAUAUAACGGAUUUUCUGAUGGCGAUCCAGAUGAUUGCACCAUAUUAAAUCAAAUGAUUAGUAGAUUUUGUUCAGAGUUUGAGAUACUAAUAACAUUUUGUCAUGAUGAACAAUUUCACGACAUUAAGGAUAUUUUAAUUUCUUGUGAGAAAUUGGAUAGUUUGAUUUUAAGAAAUUCCACUCAAGAUAAAAUUGAUGCUACUUAUUUAUUUACCACCUUAUUGGCUAUCGCCCCUCAAUAUAAUCUAUCUAGAAUAUGUGUAGAUAGCAGUAUUCAAUUUACAUACAUCAUCUUGAGUUCAUUUUUGGAUAUCAUGAACAAGAAGAAACAUUUAUUAUUUCAUAUUUAUAAAUCCGGUGGAAUUAGAUAUGUGGGCUAUGAUGGAAUUACCAAUGAUCAUCUUGCCAUUAUUGAAAAGGUUGGCGGUGGCGUUCUGGACGAUAUAGAUAUUAUGAAUGAAUUUUCCACAACUCCACAAUUUAGAAAUCCUUAUAGAUAUUCAUUAGAAUAA